AUGGCCACUCUACCUGAUGGUUCCGUGCAACCACCUUUGCGGGAACUGCACUACAUCCAAUACGAUCCAGACAAGGAAGCACAAUACCUCACCGCCAUCCGCGAACUCAUAUCAAAAGACCUUUCCGAGCCAUAUAGCAUUUAUGUCUAUCGCUAUUUUCUCUAUCAAUGGGCAGAUCUCUGUUACAUGCUGACUUUUACUCAUAGNACAGUUGAUUCGACUGGGGAAUUGAUAGGCGUCGUGGUCUGCAAACUGGAACCUCAUCGAGAUGGUCCAAUGCGUGGAUAUAUCGCUAUGUUGGCAGUCAGGAAGGAGCACAGAGGAAGGGGCAUCGCAUCAAAACUAGUGCGGAUGGCCAUGGACGGCAUGAUAGCCAAAGAUGCAGAUGAGGUUGGUGUUUCCCAUCGGUCUCACUCGAAAAGGAUACUGACUUUGACANNGAUCGCACUCGAGACUGAGAUUGACAACAUACCCUCUCUCAAACUCUACGAACGACUAGGAUUUCUACGGACGAAACGCCUACAUCGCUACUAUCUAAAUGGCAACAGUGCAUACAGGAUGGUGCUUUACCUCAAAGAGGGAGUCGCCCUGAAGCAAACACAGAUGCCUUACGACCCGCUAUACUAG